CGAAGAACCCGCCCGCGUGGAAUUGGCUGCCGAUCGGGGGUGCGCCUUGAGCAACUCCAUUCAACGCCUCGUGGGCCCGGUUGACGGCUGGUCCAUAGCUCAGGGCGACAGACAGGGCCGGCCGCUGGACGCAGGGAGCUGCAGCUAACGGAGGUCGGGGCGAGAGCCGCAACACGUGUGAGCUGUGAUUCUGUGAACUUUCCCAACGUCGAUCCAUGCAGCUCGGAUCUUUUCAAGUUUCAAUCUCCCAAAAAGUCCAUCCCAUCAUCUAUCCCAACCACAUCCCGCGUCGAGGUGAAGACGUGUGGCCGUGUCACAGGCAUCGGCUUCGUCGCACUCGGGUCCAGUCAAGUGGACAUGCUGUCCAUCCGCCGCCAUGCCUGAGGCCAUCUAUCCCACCCUCGUCCAAUGCGCUAUCGUCGCCGGCGCAUUCAAGGUCCUGUUGUUCCCUGCGUAUAAAUCAACCGACUUUGAAGUGCAUCGGAAUUGGCUAGCGAUCACCCAUUCGCUCCCCAUCCAAAACUGGUAUUACGAGGACACCUCAGAAUGGACUCUGGAUUACCCUCCCUUCUUCGCCUACUUCGAAUGGCUCCUCUCCCAAUGUGCCCGUUGGGUCGACCCAGCCAUGCUCCGCAUCGACAACCUGAACUACGAUAGCUGGUCCACCGUCGCCUUCCAACGAAGCACCGUGAUCCUCACCGAACUGGUCCUCGUCUACGCGCUCCACCGCAUCACCGCCUCCUCCCCCACCAAACCCACCACCCACACCGCCGCCCUCUCCAUCCUUCUCUCCCCCGGACUCCUCCUCAUCGACCACCUCCACUUCCAAUACAACUCCCUCCUCUACGGCCUCCUCCUCCUUUCCCUCCAUCUCGCCCAUCGCCCCCGCUCCCUCCUCCCCUCUGCCCUCCUCUUCGCCGCCCUCCUCUGCUUCAAGCACAUCUACCUCUACCUCGCCCCCGCUUACUUUGUUUAUCUCCUUCGCGUCUACGUCCUGCACCCCGGCUCCGUCGUCCGCAUCCGCCUCGCCAACGCCGUGAAGUUGGGGACGGGGUUGCUGGCUGUCUUCGCUGCGGCGUUCGGUCCGUUCGCGUAUCAUGGCCAGAUCCCGCAGCUGCUGACGCGUCUGUUCCCCUUCUCCCGCGGCCUGUGUCACGCGUAUUGGGCGCCCAAUGUAUGGGCGAUGUACUCGUUUACGGAUCGAGUCCUGAUUUUCGUUGCACCGUACCUAGGCCUCCAAGUGGACCCUGACGCCGUCAACAGCGUCACACGCGGUCGAGUCGGUGACACGGCGUUCGCAGUCCUACCGCCUAUCCAUCCGCGAACGACCUUCCUCCUCACCCUCACCUUCAUGCUCAUCCCCCUCAUCAAACUCUUCGCCCAACCCACCGCCGCCAACUUCCACGGCGCCCUCAUCCUCUGCGGCUACGCCUCCUUCCUCUUCGGCUGGCACGUGCACGAGAAGGCCAUCCUGCUGGUUCUCAUCCCCUUCAGCCUGCUCGCGUUGAAAGACCGCCGCUACCUCGGUGCCUUCCGCCCUCUCGCUGUCGCCGGCCACGUCGCCCUGUUCCCCCUCCUCUUCACCCCGCACGAGUUCCCCAUCAAAGUCGUCUACACGGUCCUGUGGCUGGUGCUGUUCCUCUUCGCCUUCGAUCGGUUGGCGCCCGUCUCCCCGAAGGGUCGCGUCUUCUUCCUGGACCGCUUCUCCGUGCUGUACCUCGCGGUGGCGAUCCCGCUGAUCUGCUACUGCGCGGUCGUGCACGAGCUGGUAUUUGGGACGCGGUUGGAGUUUUUGCCGCUGAUGUUCAUUAGCUCGUAUUCCGCGCUGGGGGUGGUGGGAAGUUGGCUAGGGUUUAUGGUUGUGUAUCUAGCCGAUUAGGUGGAAGGGCGGGACGGAGUGAAUCAUGCUUAGAUACCCGCAGAUUUAGACGUCUUGAUUGUAUGGAAUAUAGAGGAAAAGACUAUAUUAAUAAUUUACACUGGAAUACAGUGACCCCC